AUGCGCCUUCUUUUCUUCUCUGCUUUGACAACAUCCGCCGCCCAGGCUUCUGGACUGGCCACUUCUGGCUGGGAUGCAGCUUAUUCCAAAGCGCAAGCAGCUCUACAAAAGCUCAGCCAGGCUGAAAAGGCCGGCAUCGCGACGGGCGUGACAUGGGAGGGCGGACCCUGCGUGGGCAACACAUACGCCCCCAGUUCAAUCGACUACCCAUCCUUAUGUCUUCAAGACUCGCCGUUGGGCAUCCGGUUCGCAAACCCCGUCACUGCCUUUCCCGCAGGAAUCAAUGCCGGCGCGACCUGGGACCGCAGUCUUCUUUACUCCCGUGGCGUGGCAAUGGGAGCAGAGGCCAAGGGUCUCGGAGUCCAUGUGCAGCUGGGCCCAGUCUCUGGUCCAUUGGGGAAGAAUCCCGAUGGUGGGAGGAACUGGGAAGGCUUCUCAGUUGACCCGUAUCUUAGCGGAGUUGCGAUGGAAGAGACAAUUCGCGGAAUGCAGGACUCGGGGGUACAGGCAUGCGCCAAACAUUGGAUCGGAAAUGAACAGGAGGUUAAUAGGGACACGAUUAGUUCUGAAAUGGCUGAUCGCCAGACACACGAGUUGUACGUGUGGCCGUUCAUGAAUGCCGUGAGAGCAGACGUGGCCUCGGUGAUGUGUUCGUAUAACAAGGUGAACGGGACCUGGGCCUGCGAGAGCGAGGCCAUCUUAAACGAGCUGCUGAAGAAUGAGCUCGGCUUCCGUGGAUACGUUGUGAGCGACUGGAAUGCGCAGCACACCGGCGUGAACAGUGCUCUGGCCGGGCUGGACAUGACCAUGCCGGGAAGCGAUUUCAAUACUCCACGAGGAAGUAUAUUCUGGGGGUCGAACUUGGUCGAAGCUGUCGCCAAUGGCUCUGUGCCGCAGUCUCGUCUGGAUGACAUGGUCACUCGGAUUUUGGCUGCGUGGUAUCUCGUCAAUCAAGACCAGGGCUAUCCCGAGGUCAGCUUCAGUUCGUGGAAUGGCGGCAAGGCCAGCGUCGAUGUCACAGCCGACCAUGCUUCGGUUGCUCGAGCCGUAGCUCGUGAUUCGAUCGUUCUUUUGAAGAAUGAGGCUCAGACAUUACCUCUUCGACAGCCAAAGAGCCUAGCCAUUAUUGGACAAGACGCUAUCGUCAACCCGGCGGGUCCCAACGCAUGCACUGACCGUGGAUGUGAUAAUGGUACACUGGCCAUGGGAUGGGGCAGUGGAACUGCUGAAUUUCCGUACCUGGUUGCUCCCGUCGAUGCAAUCCAAGCGCAAGCAGACAAGACCGGUACACAAAUCAUCACAAGCACUACCGAUGAUGCAGCAGCAGGAGCAGAGGCGGCAGCCGCAGCUGAGACAGCCAUUGUAUUCAUUAACUCGGACUCGGGAGAAGGAUACAUCACCGUCGAAAACAAUCCAGGAGACCGAAACAACCUUGACCCAUGGCACAACGGAAACUCCCUUGUGCAAUCCGUCGCAUCCUCGAACAAAAACGUCAUCGUCGUAAUUCACAGCGUGGGCCCCAUAAUCCUAGAAACCAUCCUCGCCCAACCCUCCGUCAAGGCAAUUAUCUGGGCCGGGCUCCCAGGCCAAGAAAGCGGGAAUGCCCUAGCCGACAUCCUCUACGGAUCCACCUCUCCCAGUGGAAAAAUACCCUAUACCAUUGCUAAGCAGCGCAGCGAUUACGGCGCUGGCUGGAUAUAUGCCCAAACAGAUUCUUUCACCGAAGGCCUCUUCGUUGACUAUCGCCAUUUCGACAAGAACGGCAUCGAUCCACGCUAUGAAUUUGGACACGGACUCUCGUAUACCGAGUUCGCGUAUAGUGGACUCUCGAUUAACGUGCUCGCUACUUCUGGUCCGACAAUCGGAUCUAUCAUUUCUGGUGGACCCGUGGAGCUGUUCGAGUCGGUGGGAACUGUCUCAGUACAUAUUGUGAACAAUGGCUCGGUUGAAGGUGCCGAAGUCGCGCAGCUCUAUAUCGGACUUCCUGAAUCUGCUCCGUUGAGUCCGCCGAAGCAGCUGCGGGGGUUCGAGAAGGUAUUUCUUCAAGCUGCUGGAUCUGGAACGGCUACGUUUGAGCUGACGAGACGUGAUUUGAGCUAUUGGGAUGUGACGCUGCAGAAAUGGGUUGUGCCGAGUGGCACUUUCCGGGUUUAUGUUGGGGCGUCGAGUCGGGAUAUUCGGCUGCAAGGGACUUUUUCUGUUGCAAGCUGA